UUAAGACUGUGUACAUUGCAAAAGUCAGAUCUAUUUUGAAAUGCUUUUUUUUUUUUAAUUUUAGCUGAACGUUGACGGAGGAAAUGUCUGGGAGCAGUGGUAGAGAAAGAUAUCCGUGCCAGCAGUGUAAGCGGUCGUACACUCGUAAGCAUGACAUGGAACGACACGUCUACAUCUCCCACACCAUCACCACCGACAAACCCUUCAUGUGUGAGAAGUGCAACUUUGUCUUCACCUCUGAAGAAAACCUAAAGGACCACAAAAUUGACCAUUCUGAAAAAAUAAAAUUCCAGUGUGAAAUUUGUGAAAAGUCAUUCAAAAACAGUAACACUUGGAAGCGGCACACAAGGGCACAUAUUGAUCCAAAGCCGUUCAUCUGUCAAAUAUGUAAACGGAAGUUUGGACGAGAGCAUGACAUGCGAAGACACGUUAUCAGAAUGCAUUCUGGGGAGCGGAGGUACCAGUGCGACCUCUGUCCGUCGAAAUUUGCCUGGUUCAGUGACCUGAGGAUUCAUAAACGUCGUCAUAGCCACAUGAGAAAGUUUAUAACCAGACGAACUGGUUCGAAGAAAUCCAGAAAGAAAAUCCAUUUCAAAAACAAGAAGCAGAAAGCCCAGCAAGUUAGUUCAGUAGAACAUGUCUGUAGGAUGCGCUCCCUGUCCUUUACCAGCUUCUCCUCCCUACAGCUUCAUACGUGUGACAGUGGGUCUUCUGCAAUAGAGGAAGAAGCAUUGAGGAUUACUCACUCGUGUCUAUGUUGUGAGAGACAUUUUGAAUCCUCUUCAGCAUUGCAAUUUCACUCUUGUGACAAGAAGUCAACUUCAGACAAUGCCGAGAAUAAGACAACGUUUGCAGAUUCAAAGGCUCAGACGGGAGAUUCUGGUGAAACUAUCAAUGACAAGAAUGAUGAUUCUACAAAUGUCAUUAAGUCUUUUAUGGAAAAUUCGGAUCGUAAAAUACCGGUAUCUGAAAAUUCUUUGCAAAGUAGUGAUGCAUCAUCAUCAGCUAUGAAUCCCUGCAGUCCAGAAAAUGUAGAGCAAUUAGAUGAAAUCAAGCAUGUUGAAUGCAUCAUAGUUAAAAAGUGGGAGACAAAAAGUAAUGAUAAUGCUCACUGCAGUGGAUAUCCGAAAUCAUUUACUACGUUAUCGGUCCCGCAACAUCACUCCUGUGCAGAUAGGAAUGAAACUACUGGUGACCAAAUCAAGAAGCAAAACAUACACUCAGUGCCAGCAAAUAAUGAACCAAAUGUGCAAAAUUCUGAACAGUCUUUAGUUAACACUGGACAGUUAACAACUGAUGAAGAUCUCAGGUCUGAUGUGAAUUCAACUAAAGCAUCAAAGAGUGGUUAUAUGAAGUGCAAAGUAUGUCAAAAAGUAUUCAGUAAGUUUUCAGCACUUCAGCUUCAUUUGUGUGAAGAGUCCUUGGAGGAUGAAGAGAUUCUGAAAAUACCGAUCCAGAAUGCUGAAAAAUCGGAGGGAAUAUUAACUCGCUCAAGCACUGUCCUGAAACAGAAGACAACUCCCCGAAAGAAGCACAGUUUGAAAAAACACAAGAAAAGCGUGGCCGGCACCAUUACUCGUCACAGAGAGAUGAACCGCAAAAAGAGCAAGGGCGAGGACCGUAUCAAUUCUCCUGAAGAUAAGCCCAUCCAAUCCCAUCACUGUGGUAACUGUGGACAGACAUUUAAGCACAAGAAAGAUCUAACAAGGCAUGAACUAAGACACAAAAACACAGAACCCACUUUUCGCAGAAGUGGUCGGGAUAGACAUAUGGAAACAGUUCAUCCAGUGGAAGCGCCGUACAGGUGCAAGCUUUGUGAAGCUGCUUUCACCUCUGCAGAACUACUCCAGAAGCAUAUGCCAGAUCACGCGAAAACUCACCCAUACGUCUUCUAG